AUGAGCCGUCUAUCCAUUGAGGAAUUAACUACAUUAAUUCCAUUUCUUGAAGAUAUUUUUACUGCAAGGAAUUAUUAUAUGGUUAGUAAAAAAACUCAACAGUCAUUUGGUUUACAUGACAAGAAUGUGGGAUAUAUAUUAACAGUUCAAAUACCAGAAGAAAUUAAAGCUCAAUUAAAUGAAGAAAGUGAAGAAAAUGAAGAAGUGAUAGAAAAAAGAUUUACUCAAGAAUUAUCAUUAUUUAAGAAUAGAAAAAUUACAUUACUUACAAAAACAACAAUGCAAUUAUUACCAACACUUAUGACACCUAUAAUUCUUCCUCCUGUUACAGCAAAAGUAAUAAAUUUUUUUAUUAAAAAUAAUAUGAUAAAACCAAUAAAAAGAGUAACUAUUAAAUAUGUUUUAACUUGUGUUGAAGAUAGAAAUCAAAUAAUUUCAUUAGACCCAUUUAAAGAAUUUGAAUAUUUACAUUUGAUAAUAUAUGACAUAUACAGAGUAGAAUUACAUAAAAUAAUUAGUAAACAAUUAAAAAUUAAAACUUUAAUAAUUACAUUUAAAAUGGCUGCUGAUAUUGAACCAACAAUAUUUAAUUCAUUUAAUGAAUUUCAUAUUGAUAAAAUGAUAAUUAUUUGUAAAAGAAAAGAAGAAAUUGACCAACUAAAUUUAAUAAAAAGUAUUAAAUCAAAUCCAAAAAUUCAAAUUUGUUGUAGAUUUUGGUACAAAACAAUUGACCCAAAAAUGGUUAUUGUUUGGAAACCAAAUCUUCUUUAUAUGACUGAAGAUGGUGUUCUUGAAGCUGAAAUACUUACUAAAUAUUCUCCUUGGAAUAUUAAAUUUGUUGAAUUACCACCAGAUGAAAAUGAAAAUAAUUUUCAAAACUAA